AACUGAUAAAUGUUCAAGAUUUGUAAGGCAUUUUAUUUUGUUCUUCCUCUUCUCUUUUGCUACCAAAGAGACUAUGCAGGCAUUUUAUUUUGUUAUGCUAUGUGUUAUCAGCUUCUUUGCCUUGGUCUUUCCAAAUGGGUUUUUCUGCCUUGCUGAUGAUACUAAUAGAGAAACAGGUUCCCUAUGUGAUAAAGCUGAUAAGAAUCCUGUCAAUGAAGAUACAUUUCAAACCAAUUUGAAAACCUUAUUGGAUUCUCUUGCUUCAAACGUCGUUGAUAGCCAUGGAUUUUACCAAACCAUUGUAGGAAAAAAGCCUAACAGGCUUUAUGGUACAAUAUUAUGUAGAGGGGACAUAUCUGCUAAUAAUUGUUUUAAUUGUGUCCUUAACUCUACAAGAGUAUCCUCAAAUGAUUGUCCUAAGAGUAGAGAUGUUACUAUUUGGUUUAGAUGGUGUUUCCUACGCUAUUCAAACGAGAGCUUCUUCGGAGACAUGCAAGGAACAGCAACGGCAAUCACAAAUGAAACUGAUAUUGAUGACCCUUCUUUGGUUUCACAAGGGUUAUCCUUCAUGAGCGGAGUAGCAGCUGCAGCUUCGGAGAAAUCAUUCAUGUUCCACACAGAAGUACUGAACUUUAAUCAAAGUGAGAAGAGGUAUGGUAUGACCCAGUGUACAAGAGAUAUCAGUAGAAAGGACUGCAGAAGGUGUUUGGAUGCUCAAUUGGUCAAUUUCGAAACUUUUAUUGGAAAUAAAAGAAGAUGGGAAGUUCAUGGAUUAAAUUGUUUCAUGUGGUAUGAUGACUAUCAGUUUUAUUCUAAUGUCUCCACUCUUCUAAGUGCUUCUUGGAGGCUUUCUUCUUGCAGAAGCUUAGUAAGUGGCAUAACUGUUGUGGUCUCAGCAGCCUUGUUGAUAGUUUUCUAAUUCUAGCUUCUACUUUAUAAUUUCUGAUAGAAUGCCGUGAAUAUGUUUAAUUUGAUUAUUAUUAUUUUUUUUUUACUUUGUCAAUGGGAUUUGGUUUUUGACAAUGUUUGAAGAUGUACAUGUUCACUUGUAAACAAGUUUAUUCAAAUCGAAUUAGCUAUUGUAGUUAGUGAUUGCCAACUUUA